AGCAGCUGGAGGCGGACAGUGAUGAAAUUCUAUUAUCACUCAAGCACUGAAAGAGUUCCAGGCAAGACGCACAGUUUUAGCUCGGACCUGUUUUCGUUUUAAAGCAAACUACCGUUGUUUCAGAACUAGUUGAUCGUCUUUAGACACAUACAAACAGUCUUGAUUAUACUUAAUGUCCGUUUCCCUGUCGUCUUUGGACUUUUGUGUCAAUGUAAUAGGCGCGUAAAGAGGAAAAAGUUUUCAUUACGCGGACACUGAAAGUCAGUGGAUUUGAUUUUAAGUCGCUCAACAGUUGAAAGUCUCUGUGGGCAGCUAUGUACAGCAUGCUGGAACACGACAUGAAGUCUUCCGUGCCACUGACGCACCAGAGCGCGCAGGGAAUGACACAGCUGAACGGUGGAGUAACUCACGGCGUGACUCAUGGAGCCACCAAAUCGGCUGUCAACAACCAGCCGAGUAUCGAUCCUAUGGACAAAGUUAAGAGGCCUAUGAACGCCUUUAUGGUCUGGUCUCGAGGCCAGAGGCGCAAGAUGGCACAGGAGAACCCCAAAAUGCACAACUCAGAGAUCAGCAAGCGUCUGGGCGCAGAGUGGAAGCUGUUGACCGACGCGGAGAAACGGCCGUUUAUUGACGAGGCCAAGAGACUUCGUGCCCUGCACAUGAAGGAGUACCCCGAUUAUAAAUACAAGCCCCGUCGUAAGACGAAACCGAUGCUGAAGAAGGACAACCCGGCUGCCAAGUAUCCUCUAUCCGCCGGUAACUUGCUGGCGGCAGCCGCUGCUCAAGGAUCCGGGGGGAGCCCGAGGAUGGACAGCUACGGCUGGGGUCACACAGGUGGCUAUGCCAGCAUGCAGUCUGAUGCUUUGGGCUACAGUCAGCAGCUGCACCGCUAUGACCUGUCUGCCCUGCAGUAUCCAUCCGCCAUGGCCACAGCGCAAUCAUAUAUGAAUGGCGCAAACUCCUACAACCCUAUGUCCUACAGCAGCACACCACAGCAGCCCAGCCCAGUCAUGUCCAUGGUUAAACAAGACCAAGUGUCCCACUCUCCCACUGGAACCCACAGCCACCAGCGAGGCCCUUUACAAGGAGACCUGAGGGACAUGAUUAGCAUGUAUAUCCCAGGUGGAGACACCACAGACAGUGGAGCACAGAGAGGCUAUUCUAACAUCCAACAGCAUUACCUCACUGGUACAGCACCUCUCACUCACAUCUGAUGGGGAAAGUGUAAUUACCUUCCUAGUAUUGAGUCUGGAGGCUUGUGGUGGGCCACUGCCGUGGGCUCACGUGACUUGAUGUGCCGAUGUAGAUGCAUGAGCGUUAACAGUGGUCAUCUUGAUUUGUAAAGAAAAAUGAGGGGUGUGUGGACACAUUGCUGAACUAGAAAACCCAAGGCAGCUGACUUUUGGCCUUGCUGAAGUGCCUCAGAUCAUUGUGUGCAAUGUGUGUCACUCAUUGAUGACAUCGCAUAUUUUUCGAGGUCCAUGUCUUUGUUUUCUGCAUAAUGUUAGAUAAUUAUGUCACAGUGACCACAGGCCUGGUGCACUGGUGUUGAAAUUGCUCUUAGUCGAGUGAUAACAUGACACACUUUUUUUCUGUAAUUGAUUAGUCAGUGGUUUUAGACAACCAGCCGACUGGUUAAUUACUGUUUAUUUGCAUAGUUAAAACCUUAUGCCACCUAGUUAAUUACUGACUUUGAAGACAUACUGCAAACACUAAAUAUUGAAAGAAGGGAACAAAUCAAGCACACAUUCCCUCAGUCGCUGCUUGUCAUGAUUAUCUAAACACCUCAAAAAAGUUACUUUUUAGCUUUCACACCAUAAGACUGUAAACAAAGAUUGUGCUGCUCUUCAUUGUUUAGGUAAUGCAAAAAUAUAAAAUGCACAACGGUUUAGAGAUUUUGUUUGUUUGAUUUCCAACGUUAGUCUAGAUACAUUUAUGCCCUGAACGCGUCAACAGAAUUUUGUUGCAUUAAAAAGCGAACAUGGACAUAGAGAUCCUGCUUAGAGGGAUUUGACUGUAUUUUCUAUUAAAAAGAACAAUUAAUUCUCAACUCCUUUGAGAAAUAGAAGAUUGUGAAUAGAAGUGUUGUGUAAAAGAGGGAAAGUCAAAACGUUUUGAAUAAUGUUAAUUUGAAAAAAAUACUUGUUAUAAGACUGUUUGACUAAGAAUGUACUGUUGUGAAAUGUUUUUUUUUUGUUGUUUUUUUUACUUUAAAGCCCUUAUAGUAAGGGUUUAUAAUCUUGUAUGUGACUUGACAACCUUGAUAGAAAAACAA